AUGGCUCGUACUAAGCAGACAGCCCGAAAGUCCACUGGUGGUAAAGCACCCCGUAAGCAGCUUGCCACCAAAGCCGCCCGUAAAUCGGCCCCCGCUGCCGGUGGUGUCAAGAAGCCACACCGUUACAAGCCUGGUACCGUCGCUCUUCGUGAGAUUCGUCGCUACCAGAAGUCGACUGAGCUGCUCAUCCGAAAACUCCCCUUCCAGCGUCUCGUUCGUGAGAUUGCUCAAGACUUUAAGACUGAUCUCCGAUUCCAGUCGUCCGCCAUUGGCGCUCUUCAGGAGGCUGCCGAGGCUUACCUGGUCUCCCUGUUCGAGGACACCAACUUGGCCGCCAUUCAUGCCAAGCGUGUGACCAUCCAGCCCAAGGAUAUCGCGCUUGCCCGCCGUCUGCGUGGCGAGCGUUCCUAA